UUCUUAUUGGGUUUUAUCUGGGUUUCUGAUUUUUUUCCAUCAACGAGGAAGGAAGAGGAAGAGAAGGUUUUUAAAGGGGGAGAAAAGCGAAUUGCUGUUUUUGCUGCUUCAAUUUCUCGAUGGGUUGUUUCGGAUGCAGUAAGAAAUCUAGCAAACGAUCGGAGACUAACAAUGAUAAAGACAAGGAUACUUUGAUAAAUAAGAAAAUUGUCGGUGGUGGUACUGCCGUCGCUAAGAGUGAUAAGCGAGACGAUCAGACUCAACCCACUUCAGUGGAUUCGACAAAAGUCAGUCCAUAUCGAGAUGUAAACAAUGAAGGAGCUGGUAAGGAGGAUCAGCUAUCUCUGGACGUGAAAGGUUUGAAUUUGAAUGACCAAGUCACAGGGAAGAAAGCACAGACUUUUACCUUUCAAGAACUUGCUGUAGCUACUGGAAACUUUAGAUCGGACUGUUUUCUUGGUGAAGGAGGUUUCGGAAAAGUUUUCAAGGGAACUAUAGAGAAACUGGAUCAGGUUGUUGCAAUCAAGCAACUUGAUCGUAAUGGGGUUCAAGGAAUCAGGGAAUUUGUGGUUGAGGUAUUGACACUAAGUCUUGCAGACCAUCCGAAUCUCGUGAAGCUUAUCGGGUUUUGUGCUGAGGGUGAUCAAAGACUAUUGGUCUACGAGUACAUGCCGCUGGGAUCUCUUGAAGAUCAUCUACAUGAUCUCCCUAGAGGUAAUAAACCUCUGGACUGGAACACCCGGAUGAAAAUAGCAGCUGGUGCAGCAAGAGGACUAGAGUAUCUGCAUGAUAGGAUGACUCCCCCUGUGAUUUACCGAGACCUUAAAUGUUCGAAUAUUUUGCUUGGUGAAGACUAUCAACCGAAACUGUCUGACUUCGGGUUGGCUAAAGUUGGACCAAGCGGGGAUAAAACCCAUGUCUCCACAAGGGUUAUGGGAACAUAUGGAUACUGUGCUCCUGACUACGCUAUGACGGGUCAGCUCACAUUUAAAUCUGAUAUAUACAGUUUUGGAGUAGUCCUUCUCGAGCUUAUCACUGGAAGGAAAGCGAUUGAUAAUACAAAAACGCGUAAAGAUCAGAAUUUGGUGGGAUGGGCACGACCGUUGUUCAAAGACAGGAGGAACUUCCCGAAAAUGGUUGAUCCGUUGCUUCAGGGACAAUACCCUGUUAGAGGACUGUACCAAGCACUUGCAAUAUCAGCAAUGUGCGUUCAAGAGCAGCCGAGCAUGAGACCAGUGGUGUCCGAUGUAGUACUGGCUCUCAACUUCUUAGCCUCCUCGAAAUAUGAUCCGAAUAGCCCUAGCAGCAGCAGCAGAAAAAACCAUUCUUUACACAGAGAUAGAGGUGAUGAAGAGAAAAUACCAGACCUUGUCAAGGAUACCGAAUCUGAAGGGAGGACGCAAAACUCCCGGAGAGGGAUGUUUCCGGUGUCGGAGUAUUGGAUCCACGCAAUUCCGGUGAUCGUUUUUCUCUGUUUCUUCACCCUCUGGAUUUUCUCGCACUCAGUGAGCGUAGAUAUGAACGAUGGAGAGAUAAUGUCGAUACAUCGUCUUGAGAAAUCAAUGGCCGUGAGAAACGAGUCUCAUGUCAGUUUAGCGAUUCUUGCUUCCUCUGCUGUUUCACCAGCCUCAGGUCUCGUCGUCUCUACCAAUCAGAACCUGACAACUCAUUACAACGCUACUCAGUCGCACAACGCAACCCAAUCUCACAACGCUACCCAAUCGCUGAACAAAGCAGAGCAAGCCACACCACACCACACGCCGGCUAAACAACUCUGACCGGAGAAAAGGUUUCUUCACGGAGCCAAUCUUCUUCUUUCUUCAGUCUUUUACUGAUUUCUUCCAUGAACAGAGAAGUGUGUAUGGAAUGAUCUAA